UCUAGGGACAUCUAGAACAGUACAGGAUGGGUUGAAAUAGAUAGCUAGGCGCGGUAAAACAGUCGAUUGGAAUUAGUGAAACAUCAUGAUAACGUAUGGAAUUGAGCAGAAAGUCUGAUUGGAAAAUCAGAGAGCGAAAUGGUGCGAGAGGCAGCUGUAGUAAGGUCGGGAUGGAUAGGUACACUCAACGUCAACCCAAGAACGGCACUCCAUCAUUAGAGAGGGGAGUGUGAGCGAACAUCCUCAUGAUAAUAAUCACGCAAAGCUAUUGCUAGUGCUAUAACUGCGAUACUACUACUACUACUACUACUACUUACUACUCUUACCACUACUACUACCACUGCUGCUACUACUUAUUACCAUGAUUUCCAACUAUACUUCACGGAUGGCGCAUCACUGAUUUGAUCGCGCAUGUUUGCGGUACGAGAUAGCUCGCGAUCGCUUGGAACAACCAAAGGAGCCUUCUCCUGCUUAUCGGUGUCAAUACAGUGUCAGCAUAUAAGUCAAUGUAUCCACGAUAGCCAGCCAGACUGGCAUGUGCAUGUAUGAAACCCGGCAAUGCACCGGGGAAGGCGAAGCAUUAUAAUUUACCGCUAUUUAACCAUUAUGUUGGUAGUCACGAUCGUCUCCUCCUGUUACCUAUAAUACCCCACUCUUGAAACCAAUAGAGACUGUAGCUAAGCAUAAACCAUAACACGUGCAACAUCACCAUGUAUGCGAAAAAGGAGAUAUUGCGUUGCCUAACGUGGUGUACGCGUGUGUGCUUUACUUGUGUACGCUCGUUGCAGGUGCUCGUUGUAAGUCAGAAAGCGCUACCCCCUAUCAAAUGUCUCAUGUUUUCCAAUGUUUCUGUACCAUUUGGCUCAUCCCUCUUAUAGGUGCCACCAGCAGCGAGCGUAUCGUACCGCCAAGCACAGACACAAUCCACUGUACAUGUUCGGACCGGAAGAAAUUGUCUAGCCGGUAAACUGGCACCGGGAUACAUAGAAUCUUCGUAGGUCGUUUUAGGUCGUUGUAAUGGAAAACGAUGUGUGAUGUAGCUUCUGGUCAAGCAAGGAGAACACUUUGUACAGUUUGUGACAUAAUUUGUCGACUAGGUUUUGGUCACUUGUUGUAUCUUUGAGAGUCGUUUCGUUGUUUCAAGAUCAGUAGUAAGAACACGUGGUGUUGAUGAUUUUUUUUCGCAGCACACUAACCUCACGAGCUUCCUCAGUUUCCUCAUGUUAUGUUCUCCGAUAAGCUUUAUCAUGGUGCCAAAAUGAUUGUUUUCCGUUAGAGCUAGCGUACCGUACCGAUAAGAUGCUAAAGCAGUCGGACCGCAAGUUUCAGAUUUCUGUGCAAAGGUUGCACUAGGUUG